AUGGACACUCAAUUAUGCAUAAUAAAUGGUAAAAGACCAAAAAUACAUGUCGAUACCCCGCAUGAAUAUGCAAUGCUGAUGAAACAAUGUUGGGAUGGUGAGCCUAGCAAUAGACCGACGGCCUCCGAAAUUGCUGACCGCAUGGGUGCACUACUUAGAAAAUCGUAUGAAGAGAUAGAUAACGAACAAUUGUCAUCACAUAGACUGCUAAUAACACUAACACCUAAUAUUUUGGUAAAUGAUAAUGAGGAAGGCGAUAUAAAUUCUCAAAAAAUUUUAUCGAGUCAAGUUUCUUCAUUUCAAUCAUGGAAUAUAACAACAUCAA